GCUGAAGCGGCCGCAGACAGACUACAGAGCUGCGCGGGGCUGCGGGGCUGCGGGCUGGACUCUGCUGGAUCUCAGUCUCCUCCUGAUGACAUGAACUUAGUGUCUGACGGCCCGGAGGAGUUGUGGGAAACAGCGCUGUGUUCUUCUCCUGUCCUCUGCGUGGUGUGGCUGUGUCGGAAAGAGGGAUAGCAGUUGGGAUUUUGUACUACCCGGGGACAAGUCAUCCCAAAUGAACAGGAUCUCAUGUGUCCUCAAACUAUGAGCAAGCUACAACAGGAUCCGAGAAAUACAGUCCUCUGACAGGGUGUGACCAGGAGCAAAAGCUCUGGACUGAUCGGUGCCAUGAAAACCCGAGGCGUUACACCAUCUUCACCCUCCCGCCGGCGGAAGUCUCGCUUCACCUUACGAGGCAGAAAGAAGAAGGACGGGGUUGUUCAAGGCAAGCUUCGUAUCCGCUCCAUGCCUGGAGCCUUCCUGGUGCUAGGGGUCGUUGUGGUGGUUGUUGGCACUGCUCUAGCUGUGGCAGGAUAUUGGCCCUACCGGAUUUCAAGGUCGUCCAUUCUGGGAGCCACUGGAGGGGAGUCGCAAUCUUCAGGCUGGAGUCUUGGUGCUAAAGGCCUCCUGUCCACAGCCAGCCUAAUCCACAGCGAGCGGAUGAAGCUGCUGGGUCCCGUCAUCAUGGGGGUGGGACUCUUCAUCCUCAUCUGUGCCAACACAGUCCUGUACGAGAACAGGGACAGAGAGACUCAGAUGCUGCUGGCUCAGAUGCGCAGUGUUAUCUGUUCUGUGUCCGCCGCUGUGCCCUCAGCGGACCUUAAAGAAAUAGCAGCAGCCAACUCCAUGGCCAAACACUACCAGUGGGUGAGCAGUUUACCAGCUGCCCACCUCAACAUCCUCUGUUUGCAGCAGCUGGCCAGCUCUGAGCCCCUGCUCCAGACCAGACAGCCCAGUGACCAGGAGGACAGCAUGGAGGGCAUCUACCAGCAAGCUGUCCUCCAGACAGAAGCCCUGCACCACCAGGAGUCAGAGCCUCCGCCUUCCAUCCAUACCAACUCAUGUAACUCCAGCCAGACAGACUUUAACGGACAGUCUGGUGCUGAGCAUGGGGGCAGUGCCAACUUCAACCCCCAGCCUGCCCUGCUCAUCAAUCUCAACAACUGCCUGGUGUCUGCCAGCUCCAUGUCCACCCUGGGGGUGGAUGAGGUGGAUAUCCCAGCUGCUCAGCCAAGGCGCUGCCACAGCAUGAGCUACAGGACUAACCCUUACAUAGCCCAAACUGCAGUACGUCUGGAGAAAGGCCUCCACACUCCUGGACAGGAAGGUCGAACAAAUCAGUCAGCAGUCACAAGGAGAGAGCCCAGUUCACAGGUCUGUGUGAACAUUCCUGGGCAGGUUGUGGAUGCAGUGGAGGAGCAGACUCAUCGAAGCUGGCCUCGGCUAGACCUGGGCAGCGGGAGACGGUACCUGAAACUGGAGAACAAAGAGGACUCAGUGGACAAACUGCUGGACCAGUUAGAGCAGCAGUGUUCUCAGUGGGAUAAGAGUUUUGGCUCGGGGCCUUUCCAGUGACGGCUGCUUCAGCUUCACAGUCCCGAGAAUACUCCUGGAUACAGACACACUGACAGCCAAGGAGUAAUGAUCUUUACCCUGGAUUUUAAAACUGCACUAUAUUUUUGGUUUUAAAUUCAGUUUGUCUUCCAGAAACCAAUCCCCAGACCAUUUGGAGCUACAGUAUUUCACAGCAAGGAUCUUCCAAAACGUGAGCUUGUUCUCAAUCUUCAGUGGAAUAUUGAUACCCAGAGGUUAUACUCUUUGCUCGGGUGGAUUUGGCAGAUGUUUUAUAUAAUUGAAAAAGAGGAACAAUACACAGACCCUACACUGUCACAGAUGAGCGAAGCAAUUUGACAGGCUAUUUACUUCCACAGUUUGGGUUGGCAGCGAUGCGAGAAAUCAACUCGUAUCUCAAUGUUAAAAAGGGUUUGCCUGUUUCCAGGACACAGUGUGUACAACUCAGUGGAGGAGAGAUAGAAGGAUGCAGGAGGACGGGGAAUUGUUUUCACUGUGCAAUCAAUUUUGAAUCAAACUACCUGGACUCCUGAGCCCAUAAAGUGCUAACAGCUCUUGACAAAUGCAAAUAGUAUAUAAAAUAGGACUUUUUCCUCAGCUGAAGUCCCAUACUCCAAAUGCAAUGCAUGGUAGUGAUAUACAGUAUGUUACAUCUUAAUACUUAUGCAGAGUAAUGUCUAUGUUGGUUUUAUGUGUAGAGGAAGUAAUUCUAGUUAAAAGGUAAUUCUAGUUUAUUUCAGCUUGGGUCUUAUUUUCAGAGCUCUGGUCAUCAGUUCUACAGUAUCAGCCAUGAUAAUACUGAAUACACUCAAGUUAAUUACUGACAUCUGGGAACAUGAUGACAUUUUGGGUGAUAUUUUCGCGGUUCACCUUUGUUUUCUCAUGGACAGUUUGCAUGGACCAUGGGCUUUUGGCUUUAUGUUUGAUAAGGACCCUUAUGAGCACACCCUCUCCCAGCAUGCAGGACUAGAGCACACAACACAGGGCCAAGAAACCAAACACACACAAUGUAUUAACCUAUAUUGAUUAUUUUGGUAUAUUACAUUAACCAUAUUUUAGUAAUGGUUUACUCUAUUUACAACAUCAUACAUUAUUUAUAAGGAUAAAACAAACACCACACAUGGAUAAUGUAGAUAAACCAUCACCCCACUGCUAACUGUGAAAUAAUAUACAAAUAAGAAUCAAAGGUAUUGCAGAGCUGUGACCAAACAGCAAAACACAGCACUGUAUGGCAAAGAGACAAAUGUUCUAUAGACCAGUGGCUGGCCCUCUUUAAAGAGAAGUCAUUGAAGCCAAACGCCUGGAUAUUGUCUGACUCAGUGGCCAUAAGUGACAGCACACUCAGGUCAGGUCAGCAGGACUUGUCAUGCUGACAAUCUUCCAGAAUGUCACCAAUAUAGGCUAACUCACACUGACUCCAGUGGUAGUUCCAAAAUUUAGCACUAGAUUAUCUGCAAUAAAAGACAAAGAAUAACAAUAGGAGUGACUAAAUCCAUAAUGUUAUCUUUUUUCAGUCUGCACUGUAUUUCUUUUGACAUUACUAAAGCUCAGAAUGUCCUGUUAACAUGGUUCAUUUAUCCUGGACCACUGAUAUUCUCAUCUGUCUGUUCAUAUAAAGAUAUGAUGUAAGUUAAAAACAUGUGGACACAAACAUUAUUAAAUUGCACAAAACUAUUUUUUUUCAUAAAAAACACUAAAACUCUAAAGCUCUAAAACACAGUAUAGUAGUACAGCACAACUUGCAUGCAAAUUGAUGGCAUUUCUGAGUUGCCCACUUACUCUGAAUAACAAUAUAUGGCAGCCUGGCUAAGACAUUAAUCUCUGUAACAGUGACCGAAAAUGGAGCAAAAGAAGCCGAGGUUUCAAAGGGUUCAAAGGAAAUGGACAUGUUAGGAAAUGUUCCCUGUAAUCAGACAUUGUUUUGAGUGUGUCUGAUGGAGGGUCUGCUGUAAGAUGUUGUGUAUAUCAUCAGAGACGUUAUUCCAAAUCAGAGGUGAAUCAGAGGAAUGAGUGUUUUCUCAGUCAGUUACAACACCGUCCCAUUUUGUGAUGUCACCAUGUUCCCAGACUGCAGCAAUAAACUCCGUGAUUACAAUGUUGUUGUUACUAAUAGGAAGGACGGCCAAAACCAUGCAAAUAACACCCAAUUUGUAAUGAAAUGGAAUCAUCCUUCAACCCUCUCUGUUCGUUGUCCCUCUCCCAGUUGAGGCAGUAUUAGCUUGUUUUGAAAGCAGGCAGACCUCCUCCUCCCUCUGGUCUCCUGUUGAUCAUCUCCUUUCAGAGUGCACCCAGUAUUUAUGAGGAGGGUCCUCCCGCCCACACACACACACACACACACAUUCCCUCUCCUCCCCCUCCCCCCUCCCGCUUCCCUCACUGCCUCUUUGAUCAAAUGGACAGAAUGGAUUGUGCAGACGAGGCGCGACCGCAGUCCCAGUUAGAUUUAGUGAGGUGAUCAGUGUUACUGCAUACAGCUGGGUGUGUGUCAUAGAGGGAAGAGAAUAUGAAUCAGAGACCUGUGCCCCCCCCCCCGCUCCCCUCCCUCCUCCUCCUCCCUUUACUCCACUUGCAGAUGUGCAGAGGCAACCCUCCAUGUUUGAACCAACAGUCUUACUCUGGUUUUCUUUCUGUCUGUGCUGCCUGUUGUGUAUGCUAUGUGUGACACUUUGUGUUCUAAAUGUAUACCAAGCAAUAUGAGUGGUCUGACAGAACAAUCACUGGCUGUGUCUUGCCCUGUGUCGACCAUUGCAUUAAACAACAUUGCCAUGCCUGUGUUGCAAAUAUAAGGCAAAGC